GCAAACGUUCGUCUUUUCCCUGACACUGGUGAAAUCUCUGAAAGCUAAAGAUUUUGCAGACUGUGCUUCAAUGAGCUCAAGCUUUUAUUCCAAGUUUCUGGAGCAGGAAGAACAUGUUCAGUGAAUAAUGGUGCAUUCAAGUCAGAAAGACCGUAUUCAUGAGUUAAACACAAGUGAACAACACCACAAUGUCAUAAUUAUGGAGUGGGAAACAGUACUAUUUUAGUGUCAUUAAUACAAUAUCAUAGUUUCUGUUGAUAAUUUUAAUUUUAUUUUAUUUUUAUAUCUUCUAUUUUCAAAGUUUUCAUAUUUUAUUAUUUCAUUUAGUUUAAUACAUAUUUACCAUAUACCAACACAUAUUUGAUGUAUUAUCUUAAUUAUGAACACAUUGGUUUGUAGUGCAAACAUUUUUACCAUUUAGAAAACGGCUUAAUCCCUUUUAUCUUUUAUUGUAAAAAGUUACAAAAAUCUAACAUUUCAUUGUAAAAUAAGAAUUUAAAAUGGGGGGAAAUCUCAUUGGUUUCUCCUAUAAUGCCUGGUGAGUUUGGAGAACAGCUGUCAAGAGAUCUGAGACCAUUCCAUCAUUCAGAAUCACUCAAGACUUUUCAGAUUUCCAGCUGUUGGAAGAUCCAGCCACUGCAAAUUAUACGAUUUUUAGCAGAGGUUGGUUCUGUUGGUACUGGAUAGAGUCCAUGAUGCCGUGUAUGUUGGGAUCUUUAAAGAUACAGUAGCAUUUUUAAUUUAAAACAUGGGGUACUUUUUAACUGUGUUUUUGUACCAAACCCAUCUUGAGUGUUUGCUGAUACAAUGUUCAUUUUUUAGUUUCAUCUGACCAUAAAAGCCAAUCCAUUACAUUUCAAAUAUUCUAUGGUCAGAUGAAAGUAAAAAAUGACUUAGCAACUCGUAGCUACGAACUUUUAGAAGGACUUGAAUGCACCAUUGAUUGUAUUUUUAAUGUGCUUAGUGCAUUUCUUGAUUGUGCCGCUGUUGCCUUAUUAUGGAGUAUCACAUCCACAUCGCUGUGUUGAACUACUGUACAUUUUUGUGCUGUUUUAUAUGUCUUGAAGCAUAUGUUUGUCACAUGUAAGUGUUAAUAUUGACACAUUGCACCAAAUUAGCAUUUCAGCCGGGUCUGUGUUCAUGUGGUCUAAUGAACACAACAAUUUUGGAGCAAAGCAUUUUUAUAUUAUUUGCUAUAAUAUUUUCAAAUGUAUCUAGAACAAAUAAAGUUGUGAUAUGAAGACAAGUUUGCAUUCUAAUUUAUAUUUUGUUUAUUGGUUUUGGGGUUUGCAGUUUAACAUAUGUCUGUUUGUGAAAGUGAGUUUCAAGAUGCUAAGCUAUCACUUAUCAGAUAUUUAUCAGACAAAAACCUAUUUCUGUCAUGACAACUCGUGGAGGGAUUGGCGUGGUAAUGUACAUGAUUAAGUGAAUGUAUUUGGUCUUGGUGGAACAAGUCUGCUAUGCUGCGACAAAACAAGUACAGAGACUUACUACUGCCAAUACAUCCACAACAUGCUGCUGUGAGCAUGUAAGAAAUACAUUAAUCACCCAGAUCUAAACAGGUGGAGCUGGGGAAGUGGAGGGUUUCUGAAGCAACUGGAUCAACUGCUACAGCAAACACUAUUUGAAUGUUGAGCAGCGAGCUCAUUGGCUACCGAUACAGGACGAAACCAAUCAGCUGUGCCAUGUGAUAAUGAUGUCAUUAUGUCAGAUAGACUUCGACCUAUCAGACUGCGCCAUCUAGAGUUUUUCAGAAAAUGUCCAAGGUGUGAAUUUUUAUGAAUGCUUCACUGAAAAAAGGCAAUUUUGUCACUUUUGUGAGUUCAUUACAUAUAAGGGCAUAACUCUAACAUACCAAACUUGUUUAUCGUGGUUCAUAAUGUCUUUACAUCAAACGUCAUUAUUUAUCAAGAUAUUGUGCAUUUACUUUUUCAUAAGUAAUUUGAUGAGACAGAGUUGUGUGAGCACAUUUACCAAUUUGUCACUUGUUUAAAAUCAAUUAAAAGUCGAUCGUGAAAAAGCUAACUAUUUGAUAAAAGUAUACAAAAUGCACACAGACAUAAUGAUUCUGUCACUCUCAUGUGAUUCUUUUAAAGGUUAUGACAGUUCCCUCUUUUGAAAACUAGUUCUGUCACUGUGUAUAUUUUUCAAAUUUAUGUAUUUACUCGUUAUCAUCGUUAAGAAAUUUUUAGGCUAAAUGUAGAGAUGAAAUGAAAAUUCUGUCAUCAUUUAUUCUCCCUCAAGUUGCACCAAGUUAUUUGCCAAACAGUUGCUGUUAGCCGUUGACUUCCAUAGUAUGGAAACAUAUGGAAUUUCUGCCAGCAACUGUUUGGUUGCCAACAUUCUUCAAAAUAUCUUCUUUUUAUUUCUGCAGACAAAUAAAUUCGUACAGUUUUGGAACAACAUGAGGUGGAAAGACUGAUGCCAAAUUUUCAUUUUUAGAGUCACCAGACGGACACUCAUCGUACACCUUUAAUUUGAUGUCCAAUUUGUCCAGUAAUGCCUCUACUGGUCUUGAAGUCCACCCGUCUCAUGUGGGUGCGUUUGGCUGCUCUGGUGUUCACUUGUGUGGCGUUUAGCGUGGCAUCUAGUGGAGGAGCAGUCGUCGACAGCAUAGCCAGCUGGAGCAUCUUCUGCUGGGCUUUCAGCUUUGCCGGGACCCUGCUGGUUGUGGUGGUGGAGCUCAUGGGUCUCCAUUCUUGCACCCCCGUGGCAUGGGUCGACUUCCCUAUUAUUUUCGCCUGCUACGCCUUGCUCCUUUGCCUGUCAGCGUCUAUUAUCUUCCUACUCUACCUCCUGAAGGGCCAAACAGUGCACAGUAAAGUGCAAGACCACUGGAUCGCCUCGACUGCCUUCUCCUGCCUGGCCACCGUGGCUUAUUUCGUCGAAGUGAGUCUGAUACGAGCACAACCAGACAAAGCCAGCGGAUACAUGGUGACGAUUCCAGGCCUGCUGAAAGUUUGCGAGAUCUUCGUGGCCAACCUCAUAUUCGUGUUCAUCAGCGACCCUGUCUCUUACGACAGUCACUCGGCUCUGAAGUGGUGCAUGGCCGUCUACUGCAUCUGUUUCAUCAUUUCGGCCGGCAUCAUAGUGAGGUGCAUCGCCGGAUGCACCGAGUGCCAACCAUUCAGGAACAUUCAUUCUGCCUACACCCUGUUGGCGGUCACCAUGUAUCUCAGCGCCACCAUCAUUUGGCCGAUCUUCACGUUCGACAGUCGUUAUUCGGAGAGCUCAAGCCGACCGGCGUCCUGCCAAUACUAUCACGGUUUGUGUCCGUGGGAUAAACUGGUCGCCGUGGCCGUUCUCACCACUCUUAACUUCCUGAUCUACUUGGCGGAUCUCGCUUUUAUUGCCCGACAGUGGUGGACGGACUACACAAGUCAAGUACAUUGGUAAAAGUGCAGAUAUGUAUAAUAAAAUGUUACUCCAGUAAAAAUAAAAUGAUUUCUCUUUCAAUUUUACUCGAGUGAAAGUACAAAAGUACUACAUUUAUGUACUUAAGUAAAAAACUACUGAUAGAUCGAUUUAUUUAGCAAUUUUAUAUAAGCUGCUUAAUUAAUUUUUAUAUUAGCAUGUAUUUUAUAAUCCCACUGCUCAAAAUACCUGUGAUUUUAAAAAAAUAACCACUAUAUGAAGUCAAGAUAUAUUUUUGGUUGUUGAUAUGGACUACGUUGAUCAGAGUGAUGUAGUAAUGUUCACUGUGAAGCUUACACCUGAAAGAAAACGGACUUGAGCAUCUAAUUUUCACCAGUAAGAAAAAAAAAGUGUUUCAAAGCUUGAUGUUUUGCAGAACGUCACAGUUAUAUAUGACAUGAGAAUAAGGCCUAAACUUUUAUGGAAAAUAUAAUUACAUUUUCAUAAAGAUUAUUUUCUUCUCAAACCUUGUCUGAGGUGUAAAAACACUCCUGGCAAAUGCCCCCACAGGUUAGUUACCAUGUUCUGAACAUCACAUUCUUUCUUUUUCCCUCAUAUGUAAUCUAUCUAGGAGGUUAAAUGAAAAUAUUUGGGCUUUAUAUCUAAAAAUUACCUCAACUUAGAACCAGCAAGCUUGUUAGCUAGACAGUUAGCAUUAGCUAACAGUAUUUACUUAUUUUCAGUGUGGUUAUGAAUAAACAUUCAUAUGUGUCUACUCGGCAAGUUGAUCCACACAAUAUAAAAAUGUAUACUGUUGAUAAACAAUAUAAAAACAGAAGUUACACAGGGGUAAAUGCGUAGCAUUUUAAUAAAAUGGCUAACGUUACAGCAGCGGGGAAUAUGAAUGUGCAUGAGUUACUUUAUUUAAUCUGUGUUAUUUUAAUGUUUUGUUGUUUGACCUAAAAUAUGAAGACACUGAUGUUGAUGUGUCUGCUUUCAAGCAUUUCAGUGGGAUUAAACAGGUCACCCUUUACAGCAGAAUUAGUUCACAAACAACUGACAGUUUUGACAUAAAUAUGAUUUUCAGUUACAAUAAUUAAUCCUAAAGUUCGACAUUAGUAACUUACUUUUCGUAGCAUCAGUCACGUCCGGAUCUUACUUGUGAAUUCAGUUUCACUGGAGACUCGCUCUAAACGGCUCAUUUGAAUCAGUGAGUUGUCGACUCGAGAACAGCUGCGAUCGGAUCAGAAUCGGAAGUAAAACAAUUUUGUUACUGUCACUGCUGCCGGAAGGUGUUUGUCACGGAGUAAGAGAGCAAAUGGUCGUCUUUUCUUAUGCCAGAAAAGAUUGUAUUUGCGAGUUGAACAUGCAAGAAUGUCACUACAAGUCACUACAGUGUCACUACAUUAAUAGUAUUAUUUCAGUAUCCUAGAUAUACUAUUACAUUUUUUGUUAAUAUUUAAUAUUUUAUAAUAUUUUAUUGCUCACACUUUAUUUUAAGGUCCCAUUCUCGUCAUUAGCAAAUCAUUAACUAUGACCUUUGCCCCAAUAGACUCCCAGUGUGCUGCUUAUUAAUAGUUAGUAAGGUAGUUGUUAAAUGUAGGUAUUAGGAUUAGGGAUGUAGAAUAAGGUCAUGCAGAAUAUGUGCUUUAUAAGUAGGCCUGCUAAUAAACAGCCAAUAUGUUAGCAAUAUGCAUGCUAAUAAGCAACUAGUAAGAGCUAGUCCCUAUACUAAAGUGUUACAAUUUUAUUUGAUUAUUUUAUAUCAUAUGACUAUACUUUAUAGUUAUUUUCUAUUUUUAAAGGUAUUUCUCUUUUUUGUUUCGUUUUUUGUUUUAUUUUAGUUUUUCAUUGUGUAUAUACAGUUAUACUCUACUUUAAAUACUAAAAAAUUAACUAAAACUUAACUACUCAUAUAUAAUAAAAUAUAAAAAGAAACCCCCCCCCCCCAAUACACAAGUAGCUAUUUGUUUUUAAAUGUUUUAAAUAUAUUUUAUUAUAUAUUAGUAGUUAUUAAGUUUUAGUUAUUUCAGUCGUUCAGCUUAAACUAAAUGCAAAUUUGAAAUAAUUAUUUGAA